CCGUGCAAUAAGGUCGAGCUUCUGCAACAGUCGCCGCUCCGACCCUGACUGUGGCUAUCGUCGGUCUCGUUGUUGUUGUUGUUGUUAGUGUUUUGCGAACUGCCCUGUGAUGGUGCAGGGUGAGGCCCAAACGAUGACGUCGUCGUUGCCGCAGACCCGCAACCGCAUCUCGUUCAGCGUCGACUCGCUGCUCGGACAGACGGAGCAGCGCGAUGAGCAGCCCCGCGACCGCGAACCCGCAUCCAGCCCGGUGUCCAGCUCGUCGUCUAUCUCGGUGGGCAGCAACCAGUCGCCGCUGCCGAGCCCCACCUCGUCGCCGGGCCCGUCGCCUUUCGGCGGCGCCAACCCUGUCGAACAGAACUACGCCCGCCAACUGAUGCUGUCGGCCCUGAAUAAUCCGAACGUCAGGCAUCCGCAUCCUCUGCACCAGCAGGCGCACUGGCCGAACCCCAGCGUCUUCACACCCUACUGGAUGUCCCUCAGACCUCAUUCUCCAAGCAGUGAGUACAAUGUACCAUUUGCACGCUAUUGCCGAAAUUACUUCCCAGGACUCGGAGGAGAGCCCCCACGGUUGCCAGGGCCUGUCCGAUGCACUCUGAGAAAGCACAAGCCGAACAGGAAGCCACGCACGCCGUUCACCACACAGCAGCUUAUGUCUCUGGAGAAGAAAUUCCGGGAAAAACAGUACCUUUCAAUCGCAGAACGAGCGGAAUUUUCUGGUUCCCUACAGCUAACUGAGACUCAGGUGAAGAUCUGGUUCCAAAACCGAAGGGCCAAAGCGAAGCGGCUUCAGGAGGCAGAGCUGGAGAAGAUGCGUUUGUCCUCGCGGCCGCUGAUCCCUCCUUCCUUUGCCAACCUGCUGCCGCCUCCGUCGGCGUUCUUCGCGGCUGCAGCCGCAGCCGCCAUGCAACAGGCCAUGGGCCCUCCGAGGUCCAUGGUCUUCCCGACGUCCGCCAUGCCCUAAAAGCCUGUCAACAAUUGCAAAUUAUCAAAAUUAUAAUUUCCCCAAUGGCAAUUGCUAGCAAUUUUUUUAUGUAAUUACAAAAUCCCUAAGUCAUUUUGUGGAUUUGGAGAUAGAACUCGCCACAAAAAUUGCUAGCUAAAUACACGAGAGCCAUUUUUUUGUGUAUUUGUGAUAAGACUGAUUUGACGAAGAGGCUAUAAAUACAUCCUCGCGGACACCCUUUGGACUUCCUUUGACUUGGGAAAGUGAAACAUUUACAGCGUUCUUCUUCCAUUCCAACAACGUCGACUGAAGUGAUCUCAGUAGGGCUAAAAUUUCGGUGCCAAAAAUAGCAAAAAUAUAUGAUACGAACUGAUGUGCCAUGGACAGUGCAAUGGACCAUAUAUAAUAUCUCAUCUGUAAAAAGAUACAGUUAGUGCGCCGUGUAUACCAAAGCAAUUUCCUACAAAUCGCUUUUAAGCAAAAAAUCUUGUGAUGUAUACCAACAAAUAGGAUUGUUUGUCAGUUGAUGGUGACUCGAUUGAAAGUGGCGCAAAAUUGUGGGCGUUAUGCUUAUAUGAUUUACUCUGGAAAUUUUAUCUCGAAUGAUGUGACGAAGCAUUUACACGUUUUGUCAAAACCAAUAUGAGGUAACAAAAAAUAAGCUUUAUGUGCAAAUGAGAAUGUGGCGAAUGGAGCAGUUGUUGCAAUAAAACCCACAAUAAAUUUGUAAAUUACAAAACAACAAAGCCUUUUGGAGUUUUC